CGCGGACAAAACCCGCGCGCGCUCGUCGUGGCGUGCUGCGACAGCCGCGCGGACCCGGCGAUCGUGUUCGACACCGCGCCCGGGGACGUGUUCGUGGUGCGGAACGUCGCGAACCUGGUGCCGCCGUACACGGGGGUCGAUUUCGGGCACCACGGGACGUGCGCGGCGGUGGAGUACAGCGUCGCGCACCUGGAGGUGCCGCUCAUCGUCGUCAUGGGACACACGCAGUGCGGCGGCGCCGCGGCGGGACUGCGAAAGUACGGUGGCGACCCGAACGGCGAUCCCGCGGUGUUCGCGGCGAACGAGGCGACCGGGGAGGGGUUCAUCGGAUCGUGGGUCGCGCUCACGAAGACGAGCGUGCGCGAGGUGUGCGAAAAGUACGACCCGGACAUUCGCGCGCGAAUGCUCGAGCACGAGUUGGUGCGAAACAGCGUGAGGAAUUUAGCGACGUUUCCGUUCGUGCGGGAGCGAAUGGAUAAGGGGACGCUGGAGGUGAUCGGCGCGGUGUUCAACGUCUUCGACGGGACGUUGACAAUUUUAGACGCCGAGACGGGC